AAUGUCCCUGCUGGCACUUCGUCCCCUGUUGGUUAAAAAUCGUUUUAGUACCCUUCCAUUGCUUCGGAUCGCAUGCACCAUUCCGGUUCCCAAGCAAACUCGUUGCUAUGCUACCGCGGAAAAGAAAGCGACCGCUCUGUCAGCGGCUUCCGAUAGGACCGAUGUCUCAACGGAUGUUCGACCGCUGGGUGAGCGUGUGAAGGAAAAUACCAAAACCGCCAGCUAUAUGGGAGUGAUUGUGCUCGGGGUGGGAGUCACGAGCGUGCUAUUUUACGCCAUCUUCAAGGAACUGUUCUCCUCCAAUAGUCCGAACAAUAUCUAUACGGAAGCGUUGGAGCGGAUUAAGGACGAACCGAAGGUGAAGGACGCGCUGGGAGCUCCGAUUAAAGGUUUUGGAGAGGAAAGUCGGAGAGGCCGGAGGAAUCGCGUGGCACACACGACGUACGUGCGGGACGGUGUCCAGUACAUUAGGAUGCAGUUCUACGUUCAAGGCAUUAGGAAUAAGGCGACCGUGCAUUUAGAGAAGAGAUUGAACGAAUCCGGUCAAUACGACUACCGCUAUCUCUUUGUCCAGCUGGACUACUAUCCGCAUAGUACGAUCAUCCUGGAGGACAACCGCCUCCAACAGGAUGCCCUACAAUCCGUGCCGAGUUUGCAAUCAAUUGUUUGAAAUGUUUUUUU